AUGAGGGCUUUGAUAUGUGUUCUAACUGUGUUCUUCGUGGCAACUGUUACCUCUCGAAAAUUAACCUCAGCCAAUAAUGGCUGGCUUCAAGGACGCUGUGGCUACUAUAAUCCGGCGGAGGAGAUGUGGUUUUCCCAUGAGUUCAACGAGAGGGUAAUGUUGAACUGGGCUGUCAAAAUCUAUUCAGAAUACCUGACGAUUGUUGAUGGAACCGAGAUGGCUGUAACAACGAUGGCUCCAGGAGCAAUCCUUACUCCGUUUCAUAUUCUGACUGUCAAUUCUAUCAAACAUGUCAAUGAGAGCCUCAGUUUGACUAACAUGGAAACGAAUAUCAAGAAUUUUUCCUGCGAUGGCAACCACUUGAUCGUUCCUGAACAGUUCUAUCCCAGUUUUGAUUAUGAUUUGGAAUGGUACAGGAAAUUCAAUCGAUCCCGGGUCUUUGAAAACGAGGUGGUCAGAAUCACGGUUCUUGAUGGCUGCACUGAGUUGACUCCUACCAAUUUGAUGGUACUCGAGAUGAAAAAAUCAGUCCUGAAACCACCUUCAACUGCUCAUCAUUCAUUCAAGUCGAUUGUUUAUCCUGUCUGUGUUGCAAACUCGACGGCAAUAUGGUGGUCAUUGGAUGCCCAUUAUGGAUACCAUCUCAGCGAAGGAAAAUUUGCAGCAGACGCGUUCAAACCAGUCAAGUGUGAAACCGACGGACCCUACUUAUGCGCUAAAAUGGAUGAAUCUGGACCAUGCAAGAUGAUGCGCGGUACAAUUGUUGUGAGAAGAUAUUCCUUUGCUUCCCAACUUCUUGGAGUUUCCUUCGACUGUCAAACGGAUUCGGCAGGAAACAAUAUAUACCGUUUCCUGGAUCUCACUCAUCACAUGGAGAUGAUUUGCGAGGUGACUGGAAAUUGUGUCACUCCUGACGUGCCAACAACAACAUCACCAUCUACCACUUCAACUUCAGCAUCAAAUGCAACAAUGCCAGCCACCGAUGAGUCUACCGUAUCCGAUGUCGAGGAGAAAAAGUAG